GCUGUCGUUUUCAUCGUUUUUCCUUUAUUGCAACGGAGAUGAAUACAAAUUUCAUGUGAGUUUUUAAUUAUUUUUGCAAAUGCGAGGGAUAUUACGGAGGUGUUGUUGUUCAGCUUAGUUUUCCAGAGCUUCAAUUCGUUUCCAUUUUACUGGGUAUGCCACUAACUAGGGUUAGGGUUGGAGGGGAAUUUUGGAUUGUAGAAAGGGGGAGUUAAAAGUUUGUUUGCAUAGGAUAAACUCUUGCAUUUGUUGUUGUUUACGAUUGAUUUCUUAUUUUUUUUCUUUUGGGGGUGGUUCUAAACUGCCUUGAGAUGAAACGGGGGAAAUUUGAUUCCAUGGUAUCGCUAAAUCGAAUCAGGUUGCUUCAAAUUUUGAUGGGUUUGGUGUUUUUAUAUCUGCUUUUGAUGAGUUUUGAAAUCCCGCUGGUGUAUCGAACCGGAUAUGAGUCGGUGCCUGGUGAUGAAACAUUUGGAUUCACCAGCGACGCUUUGCCGAGGUCGUUUCUGCUUGAAAGUGAAGAGGAAAUGGCGGAUAAGGAUGCCCCUCGUCGACCAUCUGAUGAUCCCUUUAAGAUUUCUUAUGGCUCGCCGCAUCGGACACCCGAGAGGCGAAUGCGUGAGUUCAGUAAAGUUUCGGGAUUAGUGUUUGACGAAGCCACAUUUGAUCGUAAUGCUAGUAAGGGCGAGUUUUCCGAGCUUCAAAAAGCGGCUAAGCAUGCUUGGGUAGUGGGGACAAAGCUCUGGGAGGACUUAGAGUCCGGGAAGAUUGAGCUCAAACCUGAAACAAAGACAGAAAAUGAGUCGGAGUCAUGUCCACAUUCGAUUACGCUUUCUGGAUCCGAAUUUGAGACACAGAAUCGGAUUAUGGUGCUCCCCUGCGGCUUGACGCUCUGGUCGCAUAUUACUGUGGUGGGGACACCUCGUUGGGCUCACUCAGAACAGGAUCCCAAGAUUUCAAUCUUGAGGGAAGGGGAUGAUCCAGUGAUGGUAUCACAGUUUAUGAUGGAGUUGCAAGGGCUGAAGACGGUGGAUGGCGAAGACCCACCAAGAAUACUUCAUUUCAAUCCAAGGUUGAAGGGAGAUUGGAGUGGCAAGCCUGUUAUCGAACAGAACACUUGUUAUAGGAUGCAGUGGAGCACAGCGCUGAGAUGUGAGGGAUGGAAAUCCAGGGCGGAUGAAGAAACUGUUGACGGGCAGGUAAAAUGUGAGAAGUGGAUUCGUGAUGACAACAGCCGUUCUGAAGAAUCGAAGGUAAUAUGGUGGUUAAAUAGGUUAAUAGGACGCACGAAAAAGGUGGCGAUAGAUUGGCCAUUUCCUUUCGCGGAGGGCAGACUAUUUGUUCUAACUGUGAGUGCUGGGCUGGAAGGUUACCAUAUCAAUGUCGAUGGAAGGCACGUCACGUCUUUUCCAUAUCGCACUGGGUUUGUUCUGGAGGAUGCCACUGGUUUAUCUGUAAAUGGCGAUAUAGACGUGCACUCCAUUUUUGCUGCUUCCUUACCCACUGCACAUCCUAGUUUUGCACCAAAGAAGCAUAUGGAGAUGUUGGCACAAUGGAAAGCCCCUCCACUUCCCGAAAAAAACAUGGAGCUUUUCAUUGGCAUCCUUUCUGCUGGCAAUCAUUUUGCAGAACGAAUGGCGGUUAGGAAGUCUUGGAUGCAGCAUAAGUUGAUCAGAUCUUCACUAGUCGUUGCUCGGUUUUUUGUGGCAAUGCACGGAAGAAAGGAAGUAAAUAUUGAGUUAAAGAAAGAAGCGGAGUACUUCGGGGAUAUCGUCAUGGUUCCUUACAUGGAUAACUAUGAUCUUGUUGUACUGAAGACAAUUGCAAUCUGUGAAUAUGGGGUUCGCACAGUGGCUGCAAAAUAUAUCAUGAAGUGUGAUGAUGAUACAUUUGUUAGAGUAGAUGCAGUGAUUGAUGAAGCUCACAAGGUGCGAGCGGGCAGGAGCCUUUAUGUUGGAAAUAUGAACUAUCACCAUAAACCUCUUCGUUAUGGAAAAUGGGCGGUGACGUACGAGGAAUGGCCAGAAGAAGAUUACCCAGCUUACGCCAAUGGACCGGGUUACAUUUUAUCAUCCGACAUUGCGGAGUAUAUAGUAUCUGAAUUUGAGAAGCACAAAUUAAGGUUAUUCAAGAUGGAAGAUGUGAGCAUGGGAAUGUGGGUGGAGCAGUUCAACAGUUCAAAACCAGUGGAAUUCCUUCACAGUCUAAGGUUUUGCCAGUUCGGGUGUAUUGAAGAUUAUCUAACUGCACAUUACCAAUCUCCAAGACAGAUGAUGUGCUUGUGGGAAAAGUUGAUGCAACAAACAAAGCCUCAGUGCUGCAACAUGAGAUGAUAUGAUAUGAUAUUUAUCCAAAUCCAGAUGGGUAAUUGGAAAUUCAAGAACAGAGGAACACAGAAGAACAAACAAGUUUUGCAGCUUUAGUCCAAUUCUGUACAUACUAUAUUAUAACUUAUAAGUGGGUUAAAUUUAAUCAGGAAGGUUCUUUUACCUGAUG